AUGAUUAAUACGUGUUUCGCAGAUCUAACAAAUGAUUUCCCAGAAAUUCAAUCCAGAUGGUCAUCUUACGGUCACUCAGAUGUCUUGCCGACUGUUACACCUGAAAGCGUUGCGAAAAAGCUUUUGUCCAUUCAGUCUAACAAAGCUCCCGGUCCAAACGACCCCUACCUCAAGAUAAUUAAAAUGUUUGCGCACUUUUUUGCUAUCCCAUUAGCAAACAUUUUUAAUGCAUCAUUUGUGCAGAAGGUGUUUCCAAAACUGUGGAAAGAGUUCUACCUAGCACCUAUACCAAAAGUGGAACCGUGUACGAAUCUGGAUGAAAUAAGACCGAUAGCUCUUACUAGCACAAUUUCAAAAAUACAGGAGUCUUACGUGGUUGAUUGGAUGUAUGACGAUAUUGAGUCUACAAUUUGUAAGGAACAGUAUGGGGGUGUCCCACGCUCGUCAGCAGUCCUUGUGCUCGUUCACCUUCUACACAAAUGGAAUAAAGCAUUGGACUUAUCACAACGGGUAAUAAGAAUUGUGUUUUUGGACUUUCGCAAGGCCUUUGAUCUCAUUGAUUACAACGUGCUAUUAGACAACUGUUGUAAAAUCGGAGUCAGAUCUGGGCUUAUUAGCUGGUUGGGGUCAUAUCUGAGUAAGAGGAUGCAAGUGACAAGGUUUGGUAACGAACUUUCUACAAGCUGUAUGAUUAAUGGAGGAGUUCUCCAAGGUAGUCGUAUUGGUCCAAUUGCGUUCCUCGUUCAUAUUAAUGGACUGAAGGCAGUGAUCAAAGACACCGAGAGCAGUUUGAUUAAUUCAAGCAAGGAUGUCAAUGAUGAUGAUUGCGAUGAUGACCUAACUCUUUUCAUGGAUGACACAACACUGUCGGAGGUUAUUAACGUCCGUGAUCAUGUCUCAGGUACGCAAGUUGGGAGUACGCCCAAUAAUAUUAUGAAAGUUAUGGAUUUUGCUACGUCUCAAAAAAUGGAGCUGAACCUUAAAAAAUGUAAGGAAAUGCAGUUAGAUUUUCGUCAGAAUAGGACAGUUAUUCCACCACUAACAUUCAAUGAUACAACGUUGGAAAGGGUUUCCGCGUUCAAACUAUUGGGCUUAUGGAUUGACGAUAAUUUAAAGUCGCAAACUAAAACUGAUUAUAUUUUAGGGAAAGCAGUUAAGCGACUCUUUUUAUUAAAUAUUUCAAUAUGAAAGAAAUAUGGUGCUGGCAAGAUUGAUAUGAAACGGGUUUAAAUUUCUGCCAUCAGGCCGAUACUUGAAUAUGCAGCGCAAGUCUGGCAUGGGGACCUUACUAAAGCACAGAGCAGCAGUAUUGAGAAAGUACAAAGAAGGGCAUUGAGAAUAAUCUAUUCUGAAAAAGAUUACGAAAAGUUAUUGUUGACAGCUGGAAUGCAUACGCUUGAACAACGUCGCAAUACUAUGUGUAUUCAUCUUAUUAGUAAAAUGUCUGACCCACAACACAGACUGCACCAUCUUCUUCCUAACAAACUUUGCCAGGCACGGCAAAGGGAUACACGUCAGAAUGGCCAAUUGUUUUACAAUUACCACCACAGAACAGAACGGGAACAGUCCAAUUGUUUCGUCAAUUGAACUCUAUAAUAACUCUAUUUUAUAAUAUAAUAUAACUAUAUAUUUGUAUUGAAACGUUUUUAAUACGUAUUAGAUAGUUUUCGGAACAGUCCAAUUGUUUCGUCAGUAGAACUAUUGAUAAUAACUCUCAUUUAUAAUAUAACUAUAUUUCUAUUGAAACUUUUUGUAAUACCUAAUUUAGAUAGUACAGUAAUUAAUGUAUUUCUUCUAUAUGUAUGUAAUGUAAUGCGCAUUCUAAUUUAGCUACUUAUUGUAGCUAUUCAUUGUGUAACUUUCGUAUUAAACAUAUUAAACAUAUUAUAUUAAACUGAAAUGUCCAGCAGUUGUAAAAACAUGUAAGAAAUGUGGUAAGCAAAACUAUUACUUUGCUAAGGUAUGUAAAAGUGUUAAAUACUCAUCCAGUAGACACUCAUGACUUGUAUGUGGGUGCAGUGGAGCAAGAUAGAUAUGUAGACACUGUGAGCAAUACUGAGUAUUUUCUCUUUAUUUUUUUUAUUUUGAGGGCCACUAGGUUAUCAGUGUCUUCGUGGAUACUGUCAUGUGUUUACCCUCUUUAAAUAAAGUCAAACAAAUAAAACAGGAAGAGUGGAAUAUCACGGUAGAUAUUUUUUAAUAAGCCAUUGAAAUUUAAACUAGACACUGGCGCAAAGUGUAACGUUUUCUCCAAAUUCCAAAUUGAGAGCUUAGGCUUAACAAUUCAGUUGAAACCAACGAACACUAGACUAAUUUCGUACAGUGGAAAUGCGAUUGACGUUGAAGGAACAAUAAUAUUACGUGUGUUUUAUAGAGGCAUGCAGUAUUUACUCCAGUUCUAUGGUAUAAAUAAUCCUGUCCAGGCUAUAUUAGGCUUGAAAGCGUGUGAAGAGUUGAAAGUUAUACGAAGAGUAGAAGAAAUUAGUAAAACCGCCAAUGCAGAAUUCGAAGCUUAUGAAUAUGUUUUUUCAACUGGUGGUAUCAGAUGUCUGCCAGUAACUCAUCAUAUAGAGAUAGCUAAAACGUAG